AUGAGCGAUUCAGAUGACCCUGAUGUACCCAUCGAUUUCUCAACCUUACUUUCUUCACGACAGCGUGGAAAACAAGCACCAAAACGAGGCUCCAAAGAAUCAGAACCAAAUGAAUCUCUAGCUCAAAAGAAUGAAUUAGAGAGUUCUAGAGAUGCACUUUUCAUGUUGAUUGGAGAGAAACCAAAAGGAGGCCAAAAAAGUAUGAGUCAUGGACACUGGAGUCAAUUGACACAUCUUACUACGAUCACCUCAACAAAAGGAAACCAUGUUCAUACUAUGGGGCAUACUAUCCAAGGCCAUAUUGCCCUUUAUCUUGAAGAAGCAGCUUGGCUGAUAAGCAGAAAUGCUCUUGAAGUGACAGAGAAUGAUAAUCCAAAAUUAUUCGAAGAUUUUUGUCUUCAAAUGUUUAAAGGUGCUGAUGGUUGGAUAACCUAUGAAAAAUACCAGGUGUAUGUUUAUUUGAAACGGCUGGGUUACAUCGUACAACGAUCCAACUCUUGCGCAAUUCAGUCAAAGGCCAAACUUGUAGUUCCUAACAAGACUUGGUCGUACUAUUUUUUCAAAAUUAUUUCCAAGGGCAAUAGAUUGUGUUAUAACGUCGUGAAUUCAUUUACAUCAUUCCUACAGCGUUUAGGUGUAAUAGCAACAAGCAUUAAACCACUUGUGUGGGAUAAAACAUGCAGUAGUUAUGCGGAUGUUUACUCUACUCUUCAAAUUAUUCCUUCUUCUCCAUGGUACAAACCUUUUCAGCAAAGGUCACAUCUCUUUGAGAAAUCCGUUAAAGAAAACAAUAUUGCAUUUGAUUGGGAUGUUUAUCGGCCCAACCCAAAAUGGAAAAAGCGAGACGCUGGCGUACCUGAUUUUCGUGUUAUGGAUACACCAAUACCACCCUGUGAACAAUUCAAUGGUCUGUUUUCUCACUUAGAGCAAGAUUUGUGCUCUUUACCGCACGCAAAACAUCUACAAAUUCGCAAUACGCAGUCUCCACAGUCAGCCCCAGCUUUUCUUAUGGGUCUUGUGGACGAUUCGGAGGGCGUAACAUUCUUGAGAUUUACAGGGGAUGGUUUAGCAGAUGUCAGUGCUGUCAGUGCCGUCAGCAUUACCAAGCCUAUAUUCCAAAAUAAAUAA